AUGAUGUUCCCCCACCCUGAUCUCAGUGAGCAGUGGAUGCAGGAGGACUUCAGGUCACCCACCACCUCUGCCUUCAUCAGCCACGUGGAUCACUGCAAGGCUACUGACAACAGCCUGGAGAAGAAGAGCAGGAAUGGCAUUGGUCCUGUCUGUUGGGUUCCCUCCCUCCUCCACACUCCUACUGGCCACUGCACUGCCCCUACCAACAGCUCUGCAUGGUUCAACACCCGCUACAAGGCAGCCAUAAGGUCUCUGCUGACAGGUGCACACCAUGCUUCCUCAGACGUAGUUCAGUGGUGGCUGACCCUGCAGGGUCCUCUGAAUGGUAUCCAGCUCCAGGCCCUAUUUCAGCAGCUCUUCAAUGUCCUCUGGGCCCUGACAGCUGAUGUGUGGGACCCAUCUCACUUCGGGACUUGUGCAGUGGUGGAGAACUCCAGGCAGCUGAAAGAGUCCAGUCAUGGGCUGCUAAUUGAUGCUCACGACUGGGUGCUGACGAUGAACAGAGAAAAGAUCACUGGCUUUGAGCUGGAUGUUGCCAUGAGAACAACCCAUCUCUUCAUGUGUUGCAGUGCAGUGAACCCAAGGCCCGAUGUUCACCUUAUCCCCUUCAAACCUCUGGACCUGCAGUGGGUGACCAGUGUCUUCUCCACUGGAGAACUCUUACGGACACAUGUGACAGUUAAACAGUUCAUCAAAGGAACAAGGUACCAAGUGUUGAUCCUAAGCCCAGCUUUCCUCAAGUACAUCCAUGACAACUGGACAGAGCAUCAUGGGUGACACCCCUCCACUGGCUUCACAGCCCUGCUCUUUGCCUUGCACACCUGCCAUCCGGUCUCCGUGUUUGGCUUCGGAGCAGACAGUGAAGGGAACUGGCACCACUAUUGGGAAAAAAACCACUGGUCUGGAGCCUUUCGCAGGAUGAGAACCCAUGACACUGACAUUGAAUUCAGCCUUAUUGAGAGACGGGUACAUGAGGGCAGGAGUGUGUUUUACAAGUGA